UAACGUGCUUUGCUACACAAAUCAUUGUUAAUAAGUGACGGUCACCGUAGCAGUCUUUAAGGAGACACCAAAAGCUGGGUGAAUUUUGGUGCGACAUAUUUUUCAUUUUGUAUAACGAACUGAUAGCGCCGAAUGCAAUUUAUUGGAAACCUAAAGCGAGCGCAUAAGUUUAAAAGAUGAUCACGAUGAACGUCCAACUUUCCAGUUGGGAAAUUUUUGAAAGGCACAACGUUCACGGCGCCAGAAGUGCUGAGGACAUCGGCAGCAGAUGGUUUGGAGGAACAGAGUUUAGAGUGGCACCGGCGGAAGUGUUGGUACAUGCGGAGAAAACCUGGGUUGAGGUUUUGGACUUACCGGUUGUGACAGCAUCCCGGUAGCUAAACAUUUGCUGUCGGGUAUGACAAACGUUUACCCGAGUUCUCCGUGCUAGAGACGAUUCAUAGUAUCUGUGCUCUCCUGCUUUGGAAGAAUGACAGAGAUGAAGGCGUCCUCAUUCUGGAAGACCACACUGAAAGGCGCUCGUUACGUUGUUGCACCAAUGGUUGAUCAGAGUGAGCUGGCAUGGAGAUUACUUAGCCGUCGUCAUGGUGCCCAGCUGUGUUACACACCAAUGUUGCAUGCACAGGUCUUUGUGCGAGAUGCUAACUAUCGUCGGGAAAAUUUAUAUAGUGAAGUUUGCAGUGAAGACAGGCCACUUAUCGUGCAGUUUUGUGCAAAUGAUCCUGAAGUGUUUGUUCAAGCUGGCCUUCUCGCUCAGGAUUACUGUGAUGCUAUUGACCUUAACCUCGGCUGCCCUCAGAUGAUCGCAAAGAGAGGUCACUAUGGUGCUUUCCUGCAAGAAGAAUGGGAGCUUUUGCAGAAUAUGAUAUCCAUGGCCUCUGAGAGACUGACUGUACCAGUCACAUGUAAAAUACGGGUAUUUCCAGAGAUUGAAAAAACAGUGGAAUAUGCAAAGAUGCUUGAAAAAGCCGGAUGCCAGUUACUGACUGUGCAUGGACGUACCAAGGAACAGAAGGGUCCUUUGACGGGCAUUGCCAGCUGGGAACACAUCAAAGCUGUUAGGAAAGCUGUUAGCAUUCCAGUUUUUGCAAAUGGCAAUGUCCAGUACCUGAGUGAUGUGAAACGAUGCUUGCAGGAGACUGGAGUUGAGGGGGUGAUGAGUGCAGAAGGGAGCCUACACAACCCAGCACUGUUUGAAGGAAGAAGCCCCCCUGUGUGGGAAAUGUCUGAAGAGUAUUUACAAAUUGUUCAGCAGUACCCCUGUCCCCUGUCCUUCAUCCGGGCACAUCUCUUCAAACUGUGGCACCACACGUUGCAAAUCUACAAGGACCUACGGGAUGAGCUUGCAAAAGCAAAAAAUUUGCAGGGUAUUGUGGAUGUGAACACACGGCUGAAACUCAAGUGCAAGCAGGAAGAAAAAGCCUACGAAAAGGAAGGAGACAGAACAAAUGGACAGUUGCAUCUCCCUCAUUGGAUCUGCCAGCCCUAUGUCCGACCAGUCCCAAAAGAUGUAUCCUUGGAAAAUGGUGGGAAUCAUUUGCUUGAAAAUGUUGGUAGAAAACGAUCACUGGAGGAAGAGGAGGAGGAAGAAGAUGAUGGUGAUGGAAACACUGAAAAUCUGUCCAAAAAGAAGCAAAAGAAAAAAGCAAGAAACCCCAAUAAAAGUUUUGAUACUUCAUUAAAGCCCAAAUAUGCAAAAUGUGAACAGUGUGGAAAUCCCAAGGUAAGUGGAAAAUGA